GUAUCCUAAUAUAUCAUCCAAUACUAACUCUCCACCGCAUUGCCAGGUGGUCAUCCGUUCGUGGUAAGCUAAAAGCUCCAUGCUGUGGUGGCGUUUUGAUUUUAAACCUCGGUUCAGGCGAACCUCCUUGACAGGACCCUCUUCCUUCCUUCGCCUACCUCAUUUUUUCCACUCUCGUCCCAGUUUCCUUUUCGAUUGACUUUUUUAUUAUUACCUUACCCUUCAAGCCUUUUCCUCGCUGGACAGGGAGCGAGGAACCCAUCACUUACUGAAGAGACCCUUUACUGCCGUACUAGCCCGUGGUUCCUCUGAGACCAGCGGUUCUGGUUCGGUAAUUCGAGGUUUUGAAAAGAACUCCAGCCAUCCACACCGGCUGCGCUCAAAACUCCGUUAUUGACAAGUCCGAUCACAUAGUUCUAUCACCCGCGGACCAUCUUCCGAUGGCUCAGGUUGAAAUUCUUUCUGCUUUGAACCCACUCGACCACUUCAUUUCAAGCAACUUCCAAAAUUUCCCUGGAAAUUUAGACGUCUCUUUCGACCCCGUGGUUCAGGAUCUGUCACCAUUGAUUGACGUAGCAACCAAUGACACCGCAGGAGAGAACCGGCUAGAUGAUGACAAAAUAUUUUCUUCUCUGCCCCCGCUGUUUAGGGGACACCCGGAAAUCCACCUCCGCAAAGGCAUUAUAGAUGCCGCAAUGCGGGCUGGGGCGAACGAGGUUGAUGCAGAAAGAGCCUUUUUCGUGGCUGAUCUCAGCCAAAUCUAUCGCCAACAUGAGCGAUGGAUGAAGAAUCUCCCAGAGAUUGUCCCACAUUACGCGGUCAAGUGUAACCCGGAUCCAUACGUUAUAAGGCUUCUCGCUGCUUUAGGGGCUGGCUUUGACUGCGCAUCCAACGGGGAAAUCUCCCAGGUCCUCAGCAUUGGCGGUGUCGAUCCAUCGAGGAUCAUCUUUGCCAACCCUUGUAAAGCAACGUCUUUCGUGCGGAGCGCUGCAAGAGCCGGUGUCAACACUAUGACGUUCGACAAUCAAGAUGAAUUGUACAAAAUUGCGCGCGCCCAUCCGGGCGCCAAGCUUAUCGUUCGUAUUCUCGCGGAUGAUUCCAAAAGUAUCUGUCGGUUCGGUAUCAAAUUUGGAGCACCCCUUGAGGCUGUUCCCGGCCUGUUGUCUAAGGCUAAGGAGCUCGGGCUAGACGUGAUUGGGGUCAGUUUCCACGUUGGAAGUGGCUGCUAUGACCCAACCACCUACGGAGAUGCCAUUAGGCGCGCCCGGGACGUUUUCAUCAUGGGAUCUCAAGCUGGUUAUCAAUUCAGCCUGCUAGAUGUCGGCGGUGGCUUUGAAGAUGCACGAUUUGAAGCCGCUGCAUCUGUUUUGACCGACGCCAUUAAUCAAUACUUUCCUGACCGUAAAGGUAUCAGGCUAAUCGCCGAGCCUGGCCGUUUCUAUGUAUCCAGAGCAUUCAGUCUUGCUGCGAACAUCAUCGCACGCAGGGCGCCAAUGAUAGAGAGUUCUUCAGAGCCCUUGAAUGCGAAGCCAAGUUCUGAUGAACCAAGCGUCAUGUACUACAUCAAUGAUGGCGUGUACGGGGCGUUCAACUGCAUCAUGUUUGAUCACCAGACCGUGAACCCCUACGUUCUUUCCCUUAACGGGUCGUUCCACAUCUCUCCCUCGGAGCCUUUGUCAGUUUGCAGCGUCUGGGGGCCGACGUGUGACUCUAUUGACUGCGUGUGCAAGGCAGUUGAAUUGCCAAGCGCGCUUCAAAUUGGAGACUGGCUGGGCUUUGACGACAUGGGCGCAUACACUAUAUGCGCUGCUAGCCAGUUCAACGGAUUCAAGUUCAGCAACGUGAUCUAUACUACCAGCAAGGGUGGUGGAGACGAGGCCCGGCGGGCACUGUGGAACUUUGCUGCCAAGGGAUAUGGACACGGCGGUGGACCUUAUUAGAAUGGAUAUGCAUAUAUAAGGGAAAGGUGGCAAUGUAAAUGGACCUGUGUUUGAUGACGAGGUGAUGGUAGUCGACGUGAAAAAGAGUCCGUAUGAGGAGUAGAUUCGUGCGAUGGUGCCUCAUAAUGUCAGGUUUAUUUUUGCGUGUGUUUUCGGUACCGAAGGCAAAUGGCAGGAUGCCGGGUCGUUGUUCCGGGGUUUGGUCGCUGGAUCAUAAAAUACUAAUUAGGAAGAAUCCGGAAGGUAUCGAGGCAAUCGAGGUUUACCAAUUUGUGAUCGACGCUUCGCCCUUCUGAGGCACCCAUGAGCUGAUCGAAGCUCGCUUCCAAAUAAGGAUAUAUUGCUCUCAUAACAAGAUGAGGAGUAACCUCGACCGAGGGAGAGUUCAUUGAUUCAGGUCCAUUUAAAAUUAUUUGUCAGCUGAAUUAUAUUGAAAUAGGAAUAGUCGGG